GCAAGGGUGCGUGACAGCGAGGGAGGGGGCAGCGGCGCUGAUGUGGCACUGGGCUAGGUAAGGGAGUACCUCUCCUGCCCACAGAUGAGCAAGUGCUUCCUCCUCUGCCCUGGGGAAUCCCGGGCAGGGGGGGAAAGGGCUGAGGCAUGACGUGGCAGCCUCUGAGGUCAGCCUACUCAGCCAUGAACAACUCCAUGCCUGGCAGCCAACUGAGACAACCUGACCCCCAGGACGUGGCUGCCUUCACUCCCGUCUCCAUUGUCAGGAGUGUGACGAAGAAAGCUGAUGCCCUGCCUAUGAUCUCAGUGAUUGUCGUCAUCUUCGUCCUUUUGGCUGUCUUCAUCAUCAUCGUGGUGCACUACGGCCCUCACCUCCGCACCAUCCAGAUCACGCUCUACCACGAGCCCAUGCCGCAGGACCUGGACAAUGGGGUGCACCUCACAGACUGGAAGAAGUUGGGGUCCCAGAAGAAGCUGCCUGCCCAGCCCUGCCAUUGGGAGCUGGCUGGCGUGGAUGCAGCUGGCAUGAGCUGCCAGUGCUCCUGCAAGCAUCACCUUCCCUCUGGGAGCGCUGAGCCCAAUGUCGUUGAGAUCACAUACCUGUGACAAGGCUGUGGGCCACCUGGGCAGGACUCAAGCGACCAUGUCCCAUGGGAAAAAAUGUGACUGGGAUGUUAGCUCAGCCUGAGACUCACCAGUUCCUGCACAUGGAGGUCAUAGCUCCCCAGGAUUGUGUCUCUGGCCAGGUAGGCUCAGCCAGGAGGUUGAGUGUCACUGCAGUGACCCAUUGUCAGCCCAAAAAAGUCCAGCCUGGGGGUUGCCACUGUCCCCAGGCAAGAGCUGGGUCCCCAGCCCAGGCUCUGGGGCUGGGUCAGCCUACAUGGGACAGCAUUAGCAUAUCUUUUGGUUUUUCUUGCCCUGGUUUUAUCUGUCCCAUGCUGUCUGGGAGUGGCCAGGAGAGCUGUCUUGGUCCUUCCCCCAGCUGGGGAGCUCUGGGCAUAUGCUCAACCCCUUGGCGGGAGCUGGAAGUUACAUCAUCUGCAACAGGAAUUGCUUUCCAGAUCAAAGAUGCUUCUACACGCACAGUGUCCUCAUCGUGUCAUUUAUAUGACGCAGAAAAGCCUCCAGCCCCUCUUUUCCGCCAUGCCACAGCCACUUUUCCUCUGUCAGAGGGCUGAAACACUGUCCUCCCUCCUGCCAGCCCCAGGAGCAGGCUCAGCCUGUUGUGGCAAACAGCCAGAGGAGAGGAGGCAGCACCUGAACCCAUGUUGGUGUUUCAGCAGUGGAACCAGUGGCAGAGGACAACACGUCUGGUCCCCCAGUGGAGGUGGGUGAGAGAAGAGAGGUGGCACAACAGAGGCAGGAGAGGUGAUAGUGGCACAUCAGCCACCCCUUGUAGUUGGCUGAACAUCUCAAGAUGUUGGCACCGGUGGAGAAAUGUGUGCAUCUCUGGGCAAAGCCUGCAGCAUCUCUGUGCACUAUAGCAGGGAUGGGGAGACCUGAGGUCAUCUUCAUUGUCCCCAUUGCUGUCUGCUGUCCCUGUGCCAAGGGAAGGUCUGCUUGGGGACUUGGGGUCUUGGGAACUCGGGUGGUUUCAGUGUUGGAAGCAGCAGGGCGCGUCCCAGUUGAGGAAGGAGCAAUGGUGGGGUCAGUGUAGCCAACCACUGUGGGAUGGAUGUUGGUGUGGCUUGGUGACCCUGGGCAGAAGCUCACUGAAGUGGCACAGAGGGAGCAGAUAGUGAAGUGAAAUGUCCUGAGCCCCAUAAGGCUUCUGGUGGUAGCAGGUCAUAGUCACCUGUUCAGCCCUGGGAGUCUUUCUGCUGCUGGACACACCAGGCAUCUCUUCGGACAAGAAAUCGGUCUCGGUUUCUCCUUACUCAGUGGAAGCUGGACAUCAAAGCCUGUCUAAAGUAUGUGGGCUCAGAGAACAGUCCCUGGGGAGGGAAUGCAACCUCUGGGAUCACCCUCAAGGAUUUAUUCUGCUGAAUAGUCUCAGAAGUGAAAAUACAGUUCCUGGCUUUCCCCUCCCCACCCCAGAACUGAAAAGCCAGAUCCAUGUCUGUUCCAAGCCACAUCCCUGGCACAGAUCCGUCUGUGCACUGUUGGACAAGAAAUGGGGUCUUGUAGCUGCUCCUCUGGGCACUGGAGGUAUUUCUCCAGUGUCCUUCCUCUCACUUACUUGAAAGCUAAGCAGUGGUUGGACUUGCUGGAAAAUGUUGGUCUUUACAAUAAAUGUAAAUUAUAUUACUUUUUUGGGGGGCAGUUGUUUUCUGUUUUGAUAUUUUCCCUCUUUGUUUUCCAGAGGUGCUAGUGCAUUAUCAGCUUUCCCAUGCCUGUGUUAGAGGAGAUAAAGUCUGUAAUUUCAAUUGAAAAAUCACUGAGAGUCCCACCUCCCUUUGCACAUCAACACAGGGCUUAUUUUUUAGUUUAUACAUCCCUAAUUUGCAGGACCACCUGAAGAGCUAAUGAGACAUCUCUUUAAACAAUGGCUGUAGAUUGUGGUAAUCCAGGUGGUCACCCAUGGUGAGGGCUCAGUCUAAGAGCUUAAGAACACCCCUUACAACCGUCACAAGAUCUGCACUGUGGUAGCCAGACUUGCUGCACCGUGUCUGGAGGACACCAGCUGUGCGCUGAGAUGGUGCCACUCACCCACUGUGAAUCGGCGGAGUCGUCACCCAACUUUUGUGGUUGUGUUGUUUCAGAUCAGGGAGCAGCUUGGUUUGAGACAACGUCUUUAAUCGGAGAAACAGGAGCUUUUGUGGCAGCUCCCAUUGAAGUACAACCACAGCAGCGAAACAUGGUGUUUGCAAAGAAAAGAUUAAAAAGUCUAAAUAUUAAUAAAGAGAGAGAUAAAAUGGGUAAUUAUUACUAGAACUCAUUGAUUUGCAGCCACUGGGGACUCGUAAAGGUCUGAUUU